AUGUGCAUUUCGUUAGUUUUCUUUUUGUUUGUUUGUUUGUUUGUGUUUCGAACCUUUAUGCAACCUCAUCCCAUUGGUUGUUUCUUUAAACUCUCUUUUCCCUUCUAUUUUUCUUUUUGGGGUCCUCCAUCUUCUCACGAAAACUACCUUGGCACGUAUACUAUUCUCAGUUCACCUCACUGUGGCUCGUUGUUGUCUUCGGAACUACUGCUUUACUUGCACGGUGACAGAAAGGGAAAAGAAAAAAGGGGGAAAAUGUCAUCAACACUCCUUGCAACAGCUAACCAGUUCUAUUUACUGCAACAAAAAAAAGGCCGUUCUUUCCCGCACCAUGGAUUCACACCACGAGCCAUCGCUGCCAAGCGAUUUGCAGAGAACACCACAACGCUAUCGCUUUCCGUUGGGUUUUUCCUUCCCACAAUGACUCAAGUGCACCAGCAGCUCGAGCAAUUGACGGUUGAGAGAGAUGAUAUACCAAUGGAAAAGGUGGUAACUACAGUAGUGGAAGCUAUCAAAGAUAAUUUGGUUUUAUUUGGUGACAAACUAGCACGACUGGCAGUGCAAACAGUAAUUGCCUGUGGACUGGCUAAGAAGAAUAAACCCUACAUGAAUAGUGUGGUGUACCUAUGGAACGUAUAUCCGGGUCUCCACGAUCACUACGUGGGGGAGACGCUCAGAUACUUGAGGCUUCCACGAUUCCUUUCCUCUCUCUUUGGCCCACACGCUUUGAAGAGUGAUGUUGAUGUUUUCAUGCAAGAUAUUUCCGCUGCCGCGGCAGCGGAAGACUCAAUGAAACGUGCGGUUUUGGACAUGGUAGCUGAUAGUGUUGUUGACAUGGUACGCGUAUUGCUACCACCGUGGUUACUAAGGGGUCCCGCGCUGUCGUUUAAGCGGCGGUUGAAGCUGUUUGGACAUGAUAUUCUCAUGCGUUUCACAGUUGCUGUAACGAAAGUUACGGGUGCGGGAGUGGGUCGGGCCAUUGCCGGCCAUCGUGGAGAGUACUGGGGUGAAAUUAUAGGCGUAGCAACCGCUUCAUUUUUGUUCGAGCGAAUUUCUGCCAUGUUUCUGGAUUACAAGCGGGCGGGGAGAAUAGGCAGCAAGUCGGAGGUUGAGCGGGGGCGCAGCCGAAGCCACAGUCAUGGUAAAGACGAUGUGAAAGGGCUCACCUCCAAGCCGCAGAAGACGGGAGAAAGGGGGCGCAGGGAGGGGCGUCGAUGA